AUGUCGACAUUCAGCCAAUUCGUCGUCCCGAAACCCACGUUCUCCGUUGACGACAUACCAGACCUCUCCGGAAAGAUCAUCAUCGUAACCGGAGGUUACACCGGCAUUGGUAAAGAGACAGUGAAAGCUCUCUUGAUAAAGAAUGCGAAGGUAUACAUCGCCGGUCGUAACUCAAAGAAAGCGGAAGACGCGAUUGAAGAUCUACGCACGACGACAGGAGGUAAGGAGGCGGUGUUUCUCGAACUAGAUCUUGCAAACUUGGAGUCUAUAAGGAGGGCAGUGCGAACAUAUCUUGGGAGAGAGGAUUCCCUGCACACGCUUUUCAACAACGGGGGCGUCAUGGAACCGCCCAUUGAUCAAAUCACCACAGAUGGGUACGAUCUCCAGUUCGGUACCAACGUUAUCGGGCAUUUCUACCUCACCAAACUUCUCCUCCCUAUCCUUAUCUCCACCGCGGAAAUCUGCGGGCCAUCCUCUCCCUCAAGGGUCGUGAAUACGGCCUCCUUUGGACAUACAUUGACGAAGAAAUUGGACUUUGAUAGUUUUAGAGAUGGAAGGGUAAGAAGGAAUAAAGGGAGCGCAGAGCUGUAUUAUCAGAGUAAGCUUGGCAAUGUGGUGUUCGCGACGGAAUUGGCUAGGAGGUACGGUUCGAAGGGGAUUGUAGCCACGUCCUUGAACCCAGGUAACAUAGUCUCCGAUCUUAGUCGCUCUCUCGGACUUGUCAAGACGGUGAUGGCAAAGAUUAUCACAUACCCGACUCCGUACGGCGCCCUCACACAGCUCUACGCAGGAACCAUGCCGGAUGGCAUAAAUAUGAACGGAAAGUACUUGAUACCAUGGGCUCGAGAAGGAACACCAACGCCUGAGUCUCAAGAUCGAGAAACCGGGAGGAAGCUGUGGGAGUGGCUUGAGGAGGAGAUACGCACAUUUGAGGGUCGUGAACAUACUGAUUUGCACAGUUGA